AUGAAUGAACAACGCCAGUUUGGAACUGGUUUUGCGGUACACAAAAGCUUAAUACCAAAUAUAAGGGAAUUCAAAGUUAUCAAUCCAAGAAUCUCAUUGUUGACAAUGAAAGCGCAUUUCUUCGACAUAACUUUCAUAAAUGUGCAUGCACCUUCCGAAGAUAAGCCGCAGGAAGAGAAGGAUGUCUUAGGUGACCUAAACCCAAAAAUUGGUAAAGAGGCUGUAUUCAGACCAAUAAUUGGUAGUCACAGCCUGCACGAAACUACAAAUGAUAAUGGAUUAAGACUUAUCGAUUUUGCAUGUGGAAAUGAUCUUGUAGUGAAAAGUACAAUGUUUCCUCAUAAAAAUAUUUAUAAGGAAACAUGGAUGUCACCUGAUGGAAGGUAUGUCAACCAAAUCGACCAUAUUCUAGUGAGCGCUAGAUUCAAAAACUGUAUUCAAGACAUAAGAACGAUAAGAGGAGCCGAUGGUGAUUCGGAUCACUAUCUGGUUAAAGGAAAAAUGAAAGCCAAAAUAAAAAAGGUUACUCGGAAAAAAGAAACAGUGGUAGACAAAUAUGACACAGCUAAACUAAACAAUGUGAAUACAAGUGAAAAAUUCAAGUAUCUGAUGUCGGAAAAAAUCAGAAGGAUAGAUAAAGGUAUAAAUGACUCAAUUGAUGCAAAAUGGAAGAAAAUUAAUGAUACUAUAAUUAGUGACAGAGUCAGAAAUCGGAAAAUUAAAAGCUGUAAGAAAACCAUGGUUCAACGAUAUGUGCGAAGAUGCUCUAAAUCGGAGAAAAGAAGCUAG